AUGCAGUUAAUCGCUUUUAUUCUCUCCUUUUCUGCUGCCGCGACAGCUUUCGUUCACCCUGGAGCACUUCAUACCACCAAAGACUUCGAACGUAUCAACAGUCAUGUGGCCAACGCCGAAGAGCCAUGGAACACGACCUGGACAUUGUUGACAGCAAGCUCCUACGCACAGGCAUCGUACCAGCCCAAUCCACAGGAAAUUGUCUAUCGUGGCGCGAAUGGCGUGGAUUCAGAAAAUUACCAAUAUCUCUAUCGUGAUGCAGCAGCCGCCUACCAGCUUGCGCUCCGCUGGAAAAUCUCCAACGACACAAGUUUUGCCGAUGCUGCAGUCAAUAUCCUCAGUUCUUGGGCAGGAAAAUUGACAUCUAUUGGUGGAACUAGCGACAAAUUUCUGGCUUCCGGUCUAUAUGGGUACGAGAUGGCCAAUGCCGCCGAACUCAUGUCGGAUUACUCGGGCUGGGAUAGUGGCAACAAGACAGCGACGGGAAGCAUGCUCACCAAUGUGUUUGCUCCCAUGAACACGAUCUUCCUCGAGGAUCAUAAUGGCCAAGACUACUUUCACUACUAUGCCAAUUGGGAUCUGUGCAAUCUUGCCUCGCUGAUCGCUAUUGGCAUAUUCACCGAUAAUGAAACCAUGUAUAAGAAUGCCGUGAACUAUGUUCGGACGGGCCCUUCAAAUGGCGCCUUGCCUAUAUUCGCGAUCGCCAACUAUACCGAGUCUGGGUCUGGCAAGACUUUGGCCCAGGGCCAGGAAGCUGGCCGGGAUCAGGGUCACUCUACGCUAGAUGCCGUGCUUUUUGGAGUUGUUGCGCAGCAAGCAUACAAUCAAGGCGAUGAUCUGUUUGCAGAGUACAGCAAUGAAAUCCUCAAUGCUGCCGAGUAUAUUGGGAAGUAUAACGUCGGUCAAGAUGUUCCAUACACUGCAUACAACAGUUACCAGGGUAAUCAGACAGUUAUUUCAAACAACUCACGUGGAACUGUUCGUCCCGGCUUUGAGUUGUUGUCCGCGCACUAUGGACAGCUGAAGGGAUUGAAUUCAUCGUGGACUGACGCUUAUCGAGACUGGGUGAAUGUCAACUCUACAAGUGGCGUGGAAGGUGGAGGCGGAAACUAUGGAACAACAUCCGGCGGUUUUGAUGGACUUGGUUUUGGCACUUUGUUGUAUCGUAUUUCCUAG